CAAUCGGCCAUUUCGUCGGUGCAGGCCAUCAGCCGUUAAGGGCAGCUGGGAAACAUCGCUUAAUACUGGUUACCUGAAAGGCACAUCAAGAACAUCGCAACAUGAGUGAACAAGCUGUUUCAUUUGCUAAGGAUUUCUUGGCUGGCGGUAUCUCCGCUGCCAUUUCCAAAACAGCCGUCGCCCCAAUCGAAAGAGUGAAGCUUCUCCUUCAGGUCCAGCAUGCCAGCAAACAGAUCACCGCCGACAAGCAGUAUAAAGGCAUCAUGGACUGCGUCGUCCGUAUCCCCAAGGAGCAGGGAUUCCUGUCCUUCUGGAGAGGCAACCUCGCCAAUGUCAUCAGAUAUUUCCCCACCCAGGCCCUCAACUUUGCCUUUAAAGACAAGUACAAGAAGAUCUUCCUGGAUGGUGUCGACAAACGCACCCAGUUCUGGAGGUACUUUGCUGGUAACCUUGCCUCCGGAGGAGCCGCCGGAGCCACCUCACUCUGCUUUGUGUACCCUCUCGACUUCGCCCGUACCCGUCUGGCGGCUGACGUGGGAAAAGCGGGAACCGAGAGAGAAUUCAAGGGUCUGGGUGACUGUCUGGUAAAGAUCUCAAAGUCAGAUGGCAUACGGGGUUUGUACCAGGGCUUCAACGUGUCUGUGCAGGGCAUUAUCAUCUACAGGGCUGCAUACUUUGGCAUCUAUGACACAGCUAAGGGUAUGCUUCCAGACCCCAAGAACACCCACAUAUUGGUGAGCUGGAUGAUCGCACAGACUGUAACAGCUGUUGCUGGCCUGACCUCAUACCCCUUCGAUACUGUCCGUAGACGCAUGAUGAUGCAGUCUGGACGUAAAGGAGCUGACAUCAUGUACAGUGGAACCAUUGACUGCUGGCGCAAGAUCGCACGCGACGAGGGUGGCAAAGCUUUCUUCAAGGGGGCCUGGUCCAACGUGCUCAGAGGCAUGGGCGGCGCCUUCGUGCUGGUGUUGUACGAUGAGCUGAAGAAAGUCAUCUAAUUCUUGUUGUCACGUCACUGUCCAAUUUGGCUAAAUGUAUUAACUUUCCAUUUCUAUGGACUUUGCAUUCUGCCUUAUUUAUGGGAACAACUAGCAUCUCACGAAGUAGCUGUGAGAGGUGGCUGUAUGUUGUGCAUCUUUGAUUUUAAAACGUUCCACACCCUCUUUACCAAUGUCAUUCCAGAUAUAAAAAGAAAAUUAUAAAUACCUCCUUGUGUCAUUCACUAGGUUUGUAUGGUCCCAACUUGAAUAAAUCUCUCCUGGGGAACAACCUUAACCAUUGAUGUGAACUGUCUCCUCCACUGUCAUAGCAUGAGAUGAACACUCGCGGGAUAAUGAAAUGCACCGAGUGGAUUACACUCCACUGCUAUAUUUACUUGCGCUUAUCUCUCCUUGAGCCUCUAGAGUAGAACACCGAAGCCUGUUCUCCUUUUGAACAGGGCACACCUCCUGCAGAGCACAAGACUUCUUCAGAACAGGGAGAUUUAGGGUGAUUGCUUUCUGUUGCUACCAUGUCUUCAGUCUAAAGCGCUUAACUCAUGGCAAAUUUACAGGCUUUUGUCUUUUAGCUCAUUUGGAAAGCCAUUUUUAAAAUGAAAACCUUUCAAAAUACACUAGCUGCAUGUUUCAGACUAAAUCAGCAAAAAGUCCCAAAUAUUAAAGCGGUGGAUCUUCAUGUUUGCACGGUGAUGGAUAGUAACGGUGACGGCUUGCUGUAAUCCCCUAGUAAAAUCUUAAUCAUUUUACAGGGGAGGAAAAGCUAAAGGGUUUUAUGACAUUUAAAUGCCAGGCAUUCAACGGGAAUCAUAUUUUAAGAUUUAUUUUAAAGCAUGGGCAGAAACAUUUUCCAGUGGUUGGACUUGGAGAGCGCAUGUUGUUUAGCCUGAUUGACAGCAGGUGGCGCCAGUGGUAAGCAAGAGGAAAACGUCUGCGGUUUAAGCUCAGACAAGCUUGAAAACGGCGUCUUAAGUUUCCUUUUUAAGCGUGAUACGCACAUCCAAUGAACACGCACUUUGCUAACCGGUUGAAGAAAGUUGAAUUGUUGACAGCUGCUACUAAAGUGAAUGGAAAAGGAAUCAUUUACGUGUUCAUGUUGUAAAUAAAUUGAUCUUAAAGCUC